CGCGCGACAUACCCAACGGGCGCUGGAUCAAAAACUUACUCGUCCGCUUCCCAUCGCCUAACCUGCUCUCCUUCUUGUCCCACCAUCUACCCCUGAAGCAUUCCCGAACCGUUGAGCUCGAAUUAUAUCGGAAGAAAUGGCGCUCCGAUUCGAUGUCUCCCUGUCCCACCACCUCCCCAACCUCCUCCCUUCCUCCUCGAAAUCCAAAGCAUCCUCUCCAUUCCUCUCGGUUCCCAUGCCGUCUCGAUCGCGGCUCCCCCUCUCGCGCCGUAUGCCCGCAGGUGUGGUAUCCGUGACGAAGGAUGGAAUCGCUUUGAAUCGUAAUAAAAAUGAGAAUCGGGUCAGAUGUUGCGCGAAAAGGGUAGAAGAAAGCGAGGGUGGAGCUGUGAAAGAUAAGAGCGUUUCGGUGGUUCUUUUAGCGGGAGGAAAAGGAAAGCGCAUGGGCGCAAGUAUGCCAAAGCAAUAUCUUCCACUUUUAGGACAACCAAUUGCAUUGUACAGUUUCUACACUUUCUCACAAAUGAGUGAAGUGAAAGAAAUAGUUGUUGUAUGUGAUCCAUCUUACAAGGAUAUAUUUGAAGGUUCAGAAAGCCUCUUGGACCCAUUUAAAGUUUUCUUUCUCAUAUAUGUAGAGAUUGGAUUUCCAUUUGAUGCUAGUGAGGAGAUACAAAUAGGUGUUAGGUUUGCACUUCCUGGGAAGGAGAGACAAGAUUCUGUUUUCAAUGGUUUUCAGGAAAUUGAUGGCAGCUCAGAACUCGUGUGCAUCCAUGAUUCUGCUAGGCCUCUGGUUAUGUCUGGAGAUAUUAAAAAGGUCCUGAAAGAUGCUUGGCUGAAUGGGGCAGCUGUUCUUGGUGUUCCUGUAAAGGCUACCAUAAAAGAGGCCAACAGUGACUCUUUUGUGGUAAAAACCCUUGACAGGAAAACUCUUUGGGAAAUGCACACUCCACAGGUUAUCAAACCGAAUUUGCUCAGAGAUGGUUUUGAGCUUGUCAACAGGAAUGGUCUUGAAGUCACUGAUGACGUAUCUAUUGUGGAGCACCUCAAACAUCCUGUUUAUAUCACAGAAGGUUCUUAUACAAACAUCAAGGUCACGACCCCAGAUGAUCUAUUGCUGGCCGAACGAAUAUUAAAUAUGAGAGAGGGUGCAUCUCUGUAAUCAUUUUUUUGACAUCUUCUCCACAUUCCUUUUAUAUAGAGAAAGGGCCUCUUCCAUUUUUUUUUAUCUACUAGGAUGCCCUGAAGCAAUUUGGACUCUGCAAUUUCCAUAUGAGUUAAGAGAUAUUGACUCGAUUCUGCUUUGUUUC